AACAGUGUGAUUGCGAACAACACAUAUCGUCAUCUUUCCCCACUUCCUAAAUGGAACAAUUAAGGAGAUAAAGAGGAGUUGCAGCUUGCUAAUGCUAGGUAGAUGAUACCAGAAAUUGCCAAAUCCUUGUGCACAUUUAAUUUCACAAACACUCCAAAGUCCAACUUCUUGGAUAUAACAUUAGCAUUCAUUACUCUGUCUGGGCCACUUCCCCUCCCCCAACCAACACCUUCCCAACCAAACAAACCAUAAUCUCUACUCUACACCCUAAAUAGCACAAUUCCAUAAAGAAAAGAAGAAAAGAAGAAAAGACUCAAAAGAAAAUAGAAAAUAAAAGAGAGGAAGGGUCAAGAAAAUAAAGAAGAGAUGAGCUUGAUAAAAGAAAUCCAAUUUAAAGAACAUGAGUGAGAUAGCUAGAGAGAGAGAGAGAUCAACAUAACAUUCUCCCACCAAAACUCAUUUCCCUUUUCCCAUUGAUGUUCUCUUCUCUCUCAACCUUCCCUCUGUUCUCCUGAUUCCAUUUGCAUGAGACAAACCCUACCCCCCUCAAUUCUCCAAUUCCUUCCCACACAAGUAAAGCCAUGGCAGCUCUGCAACCGCCAAAGACGCUGAUUCCUCUCAUUGACAAGCACAAGAACGACUGCCCCCAGCAAGGGAUCUGCAGCUUGCUCUGCCCACAACUCUGCUUGAAAGCCAUCUUCCCCAACCCCUCACCGCCAUCUCCACCCAACCAGGAAUUCUCCAACGCUGCAACCACCAACUUCUCCCCCAUCGUCAUCGCCAUCAUCUGCAUCCUCGCCGGCGCUCUCCUCCUCCUCUCCUACUACACCCUCAUCUCCAAGUACUGCCGCGGCCACACCACUGAGGAUCCUGACCCGAGCAGAAACAGGGGAAGGGGGCGGAGAAGAAGGCAGAACAAUCUCAUCCACCACAAUCACGCCGAUGAUGAUGAAUUCGGCGCUGCUGGUGAUGUCAUGAACUCCUCGCUUCACGAGCCGUGGCAGUGGCACGUGUCGCUGACUACCGGUCUGGAUGAAGCACAGAUCAAGUCCAUAACGGUCUGCAAGUAUAGGAAGGAAGAUGGGUUGUUGGUGGCGGGUGGCAGCGGCAGAGGAGGAACAGAGCAUCACUGCUGCUCUGUUUGUCUGAGUGAGUUCCGCGAUGGCGAGAGCUUGAGGCUGCUGCCCAAGUGUAGCCAUGCUUUCCACCUCGAUUGCAUUGAUACUUGGCUUAGGACUCACUCCACCUGCCCCUUGUGUAGAGCCAAUAUCUUCUUCUUUGGUACUGAAACUCCCGCUGCUGCUGCGGCUGGUGAUGGUGCGGGAAGGGUUGAGCUUGUCGUUGAAGAAGCAGAACAGAGUGAGGAUGAGUACUCCAACGGUGGGGGAAAUGAAGAGAGAGAUGAUCGGCUGCGGCCACCGGAGCAAGUGGUAAGGAGGUGUGCUUCUAUGGAUCAUUUGUGCCUUCGGAUGGGCAGCGGUGGUACUGAUCGCGGUGUGUCAAGGGAGGAAGAAGAAGGGAGUAAGCAUGAUUCUUCGAGUCAGAGUAGUACUAGUAACAGCAGCAGGAGAGUGGUGGAUACGGUGAAGAGAUCGUUUUCAAGUGGGAGAUUGUUCUACCUCGCCCGCCAUGGAAGUAGAACCUGCGUCGUCCAUCCCACCACUUUCCCUUCCACUUCCACAAGUAAUGUUUAGAACACGAAAUUGUAUGGAAGUUUGACUCUUUUCUUUCUGUUACCGCCAAAAUUGUUUAUAUCUAUUUAGUUGUUCUCCUCCAUCUGUCAUUUUCUUGUUCUUCUCUGAACUACAAAUUUUCAACCAAGGUCCAAACUAGAGGACCACAACCCAUAAACUAAAAUUUGACACAUAAUCUUAUGAUCCGCUCCUUAAUUUACGCGCUUAUAAGCAAGAAGGCCGAAGGCCAUUCCCGUCCAUGUCGAGGUAGAUGCCAACCAUCUCUCCUUUCUACAUACGAACACUUGCACGCUUAUAAGCAAUGCAGCACGGAUUAGGCAUUAACCCUAUUUAACCAGAAAAAGUAGUUGUAACCAAAUGAUUUUGGCAGAGACGAGAAAUUAGGUGGAUCACUGGAACUAUAACCAGGUCUCUGUUGCUGCAUCAUUAACUUUAACUUGUGGUUACUGGUUAAUGGUUAGAUGGGGCAUUAAAGUUGCUAACGAUGG